AGGUGUGUGGUAGAAGCUCCAUUUUUAACAUAUUAAAAAUUUUUAUCACCAAAGAUUUUAGUUUGGAUGAUAAACCUACUCUGACAAGAAGGUAGAUUAGAUAACUCACAUUCGCCACCCACAUUUUUAUUUUAUGCAGUUAUGUGACUCUCUUGAGCAACUUAAGUAAAGAGAAAAUUAUACAAACAAAAUAUUUAAUAGGUAAAUAGUGUUUAACAUCAUAUGAGAGGACUUGCUGGAUGAGAUGUUAGACAUUCUGCUCUGAACAGUGGCUGCCUGUGGUGAACCUGGUCUGGUGAUUCACAUUAGCUGAGAUUAAGCAAGUGGAUUAUGAUGUUUUUCCUGGCUGAGCAUACUUGGAAUAAGACUAAGGAUGUUGUUUCAUGUGGCACAGACAUGGUACAAUUUAUAAAUCUCUGAAAACAAGAUAUCCUCUCUUUUAUUUACAUAGGACUGUGGAUUGCUGUCAAAAUGAGCGAAACACCUUCAAGCAGCUACUCGGCGAAUCAUCCAAACUCCUCUGAGAGUGAGCAGAGUUUAUCCACGCGCCAUUUCAAUGUUACCGAACCUGUUGUGGCAAAGCGGAUUUGUUUCUAUAAAAGUGGUGAUCCCCAGUUUAAUGGAAUCAAAAUGGUUGUUAAUAGCAGGUCUUACAAGACAUUUGAUGCCUUGCUGGAUAGUUUGUCCAAACGGGUCCCGUUACCUUUUGGAGUAAGGAAUAUUAGUACACCAAGAGGGAGACACAGCAUCACCAAUUUGGAGGAUCUGGAAGAUGGAAAAUCCUAUAUUUGCUCCCAUCAGAGGAAAAUGAAGCCCAUCAACCUGGAACAGGCCAGCAAAAAGCCGCUGCCCUGGCAGAUCAGCAGGCCUGUCAGCGCUCGUCGUCGAGCUGUGCAAUUAGCAAGGCAGAAUGAAGAUGGGUUUGGCCAUCGAGAAAGCAGAAUAACAACUCCCAAAAAGAUGCUUGUUUUCAAAAACGGGGAUGUAAGACUUAGGCGCACCAUAGUUUUGGGAAAGAAAAAUACACAAACAUUUGAGGCCUUUCUGGAUUAUAUGAGUGAGUUAAUGCAAUAUCCAGUUGCAAAGCUCUAUACCACUGAUGGCAGAAAGGUUCCUAAUCUUCAGGCCCUGAUAUUGUGCUCUGGAGCUGUAGUCGCAGCGGGGAGAGAGCCUUUUAAACCAAGUAAUUAUGAAUCUCUUGGGUAUUUGCGACCUGCUAAAUUGCUUGGAAUUGGAAAUCGUGUGUACCCAAAAGCAAAUGCCAAGUCAGAAAGUGAAAAGACUAGGAAAUGGAAUGUGUCAGUCCUCACCAGUGAUGUGCCAUCCGCAGGAACAAGCUCAAAAGUUUAUAUUGCAUUGUAUGGGGAUCGUGGCAGUUCAGGUCCUAUUUUUCUUGAUGGAGAGAAGGGAAAAUUAUUUCAGAGAGGCAAUGAAGACAUCUUCACAGUCAAUACUAGGAACAUAGGACAUCUCUACAAAAUACGUAUAGGACAUACAAAUGCAGGAAACUCCCCUGCCUGGCACUGCAAAGAGGUGCAGUUGCUGAACCUUUUCUCAGGGGAGCAGUUCUCUUUCCCUGCACAUCGAUGGCUGGCCAAGGACCAGGCUGAUGGGGAAAUAUCUGUGGAGCUUCCUGUUUUCCAGCAGGGUCAGCCUAUUCUUCCAGUGUGUCUAUGGUUCCUUGUGUUGAUCUUGCAAAGUUGGAAUCAUAACAGGUAUUUCAUGACUGUCUACAAAGUGCGUGUGACAACAGGAGACCUGUGGAAUGCUGGAACUGAGGCUGAUGUCUACAUUUCUGUCUAUGGAGAAAGAGGUGAUACAGGAUCAAGACAGCUGCUCAGGUCACAGAAAUCCAAGAAAUUUUUAAAAGGACAAACUGACAUCUUUGCUGUUGAAGCUGUGCACCUUGGAUGUUUGUACAAGAUUGUUAUAGGACACAAUGGGCUUGGAUCAGGAAAUGGAUGGUUUCUGGACAAAGUUGUAAUCAAGGAUCCUCUAACAGAUUUGGAUUAUACUUUUCUUUGUUACAGGUGGCUGGAUCAGGGACAGGAUGAUGGAAAUAUUGCUCGAGAACUGCCUGUGACACAUGCCAGCAUGCUUCCAGGAAGACAAGAGCUGGAACUCAAGAGAGAAAAAUCUUGGGCUGCAGAAAAGUGGAAAUUUCGGAAAGGCAUUACACUUCAAUUUUACAACAGGGUCACUCGUGGCUUCAUUUGCCUCUACCCAGAUAGCAGAGUUGAUGCUCUUGGUGACAAGAAAAACAAAUAUGGUCUUUUUGAUGUAAAUGUCAAAAGGAGAAAUAUAUGUAUAUUCAGCAGUCGUCAAAUGCCAUCUCUUGCUCUUGCUCUUGUCAGUGGCCGUGUAACUGGAAAGAGCAAAGACAAGGCCUGCUGUGAGCUCCGUGUCCACCUUCAACCUAACAGUUGUGCCGUUCUUGAGUCAGCCAGCUACCCAGGUCACACUGUGGCUUUCAAUCUCCAAGGCAAAGUAGCUGAUGAAGAAACAGGAUAUGCUGGGCUUUCCAAAGAAUUUGUCGUGCAUGUCAAGGGUGUGCUUCAUCAUGGUGCCAUCAUUCUGCUAAACACAAGUCUCUGCCAGGCUCUGUCCCUUAGACCUGAUGGGAGCUGCAGUGGAGCAGGUCAGCAGCAGCAGGAAUCCUACUGGAAGGUGCAUAAAAUCAGCUCUGGACUCUGCAUGUUUGAAAGUGUGAAAAAACCAAGCAUGUAUCUGAAGAUCAAAGAUGACCAGUGUGAUGGAACAGGCACAGGUGAUGAAUACUGUCAUUUUAAAAUUGAGAAGAAUUUGGAAACAGGAUCUGUGAGCCUGGAAUCAGUGCGAAAUAAAGGGAUAUAUGUUGGUCUCCUGCCAGAUGGCCAAACUAAGCCAGUUGUCAACACUGGAGGGAGAAAUAUCUUUUUCUACCCACAGGUCGUCAAAUUUGGCCGGGAAAAGCCUAUGGGAACAUCUGCAGCGCCCAAAGAAGAGAAGAAAGACUUCAGAGGACCUCAAAAAGCCCAGGAGCCAGCACCUCAAAGGCCUUCAACUCCCCCACCCUCAACAAGGAGUCCCUCUUUUGGAGAGGGCUCCAUGGUCAGUGGUCCCAUUAAUGAAAAACAGUGUUCCAGACAUCUGAUAGGAAAUGAGAAUCCCCAAGGUGGUGAGAGUCCCCUUCCUUUGGAUGAUGAAUGGAAAGUGUCAACACUGACAGGAAAUGCAGCAACUGAAGCAAGUGUUGCUCUUUGGAUAUAUGGAGACAGAGGAUUAACUGGACCAAUAACUCUUGGCAAGGACAACAGGAAGCAGCUGUUUUUUCCCAGGCAGGAAGAUGAAUUUCAGGUUAAAAUAAACAGCAUUGGGAAUAUUUACAAGAUAAGAAUUGAACUUGAUGGAUUACCAAAUGAACAACCCGAGUGCAACUUACAGAGGGUGAUACUGCAACAUCUAAGGAGCAAGAAAACACUGAAUUUUCCAGCAAAUAUAUGGCUAUCAAAGAAUCGUGACAAUAGAGAAUUUCUGUGUGAACCAGUAGUGGAAGCUGGAAAACCUAUCGAUCCAAUUGUUUUAUACCAUGUUUAUGUCCACACUGGUGACUUGGAGCAAGAUGAUACAGAUUGUGCAAUUUAUUUGUGUAUCUCUGGAGAAAGAGGAGAUUCUGGUCUAAGGCUUCUGCAUAAAGCUGGUACACCAGUGCCCUUUCAGAGAGGAAUGGUCAGUGAUUUUGCAGUGGAAGCUGUAUCCCUUGGGAAGCUGCAGAAGGUGCUGUUGCACUGUGAGGCCAGUACCAAGGCCCAGCACUGGUACUGUGAUAAAGUCAUUGUCAGAGAAGCCGAGAGCAUCUCAGAAUAUGUUUUCAAUUGUGAAAGGUGGCUUCCAUUUAUGUCUCAAGGUAUAAUCCAUUCAGAAAUUGAGCUGUAUGCUCAAGAAGGAGACUGGAAGAUAACUGUAGUCACUGGGGAUUUUGAAACAUCUGGCACAACAGCAACAGUAUUCCUUUAUGCUUAUGGAGAAAACAAAGCUUCUGGUCCUAUUAUUUUGGGAUCUGGGAAACAGCAGCUGUUUAAUCCCAACAGAGAAGAUACAUUUAAGAUUAGUCUCAGAGACCUUGGGCAGCUAAAUAAAAUCCGCAUUGGCCUUGACAACUCUGGAAAUGAUCCCAGCUGGUACCUGGAGGAAGUCAAGCUUGAAAGAGUAGUCCCUGUUUCUGCUGAAGAGAUUUGUCUCCCCAUAGAGAGCUGGCUUUCCAAAGACAAGGAUGAAGGUGAUACGUGGAGAGAAGUGGCAAUAAGAAACUCUGCAGGGGAGCUUUUGCCAUUGUUGGUGUAUGAGGUCCAUGUAUACACAGGGGCUAAACCUGGUGCUGAAACAGAUUCCAGUGUUUAUAUCAACCUCAUUGGGACAAGAGGAGAUGCUGGCAAAAGGAAACUCCAUAGAUCUAAGAAUAAUAAUGUUAAGUUUCGACAUGGACAGAUGGAUAUUUUCUGCAUAAAGACUGUCUCACUGGGAGACUUGGAGAAAGUUCUGAUUAGCCAUGAUGGAGCUGGUCCAGGCAGUGGAUGGUUCCUGGAUAAGAUUGUCAUCAAACAUAAAGAAGGAGAGGAAGCUCACGAGGUUGUAUUUCCUUGUAAUAGAUGGUUAGAUGAUGGGAAAACAGAGAGGGAGCUAACUGCCAAUAGUAUUUUGUUAAAUUCAAUGAAGACAUUUCUUAAAGCACAACAGUGGAGAGUGCAGGUUAAAACAGAUGGAGAUUCCCCAGAGCCACAGGAGUAUAAAAGGACCCUUGUGAUUUUUGGCUCAAAGGGCAAAAGUGAUGAGCUUCUGCUUUCUCCACAAACCCCAGGAUAUGUGUGCUUUCUCCCCAGAGCCACUGAUGAAUUCACUGUUGAGACUGGAGAUCUGGGAGAUGUACACAAGAUUCGAGUCAGCUGUGAUGAUGUCCCAGGCUUUAAGGGCUGGCAUCUGAAGUCUUUUCACUUACAAGUGCUGCAUAUGAAACAAGUUGUAAAAGAAUUCUCCACAGUCACUAAGGACCAGAAAACUUUACCAGUAUAUAAGUAUGUUGUUUCUGUACAUAUUGGUGACCACUGAGGAGCAGGGACUUUUGCUAAUCUUUAUAUCACUCUCUAUGGCAAAAGAGGAGACACAGAUGUGAGAAAACUUCAUACAUCUCUAAUGAAAGGAAGGAAAUUUCAAAGAAAUAAGGUGGAUUCAUUUUUGGUGGAAGCUCUUUCUCUGAGUCAUUUGCAAAAAGUGGUCAUAGGUCAUGAUGGAGAAGGCUACAGGGUGGGGAUGUACCUCAAGAUGGCAACAGUCAAGGAAUCACUGGAUUCAGACAAAGAAUGGGUCUUUCCACUGUGGAACUGGCUUGAUACUCAUCUGGGUUUAUGUGAGACUGUUUGCGAGAUUGUAACAGUUGGUAGAAGGUCAACUCUUAGUCCUAAACUGCCUGAAAUCAACAUGAAGUCAUCAGGUUUCUGGAUAAUGGAUAUCACUGGAUCUGACUCGAGUGCUGAAGAGGAUCCAAUAUGCCUUUGUUUUAUCUUCUAUGGCAACUUGAGUCACAAAAAGUUGCCACUUCAAGUCACAGGAAAAGCAAUUCAGAUCAAAGAUGAACUGGCAGGUAUUGGCUCAAUAUACAAAGUUCAGGUAACUGGCCCACACAGUGAGCUAAACCAGCCAUGGCACUUAGAUUUACUGCAUAUGAAGCACACAGGUACAAAGGAAGAGAUGUAUUUAACUUUUGAUUGCUGGUUCAACCAGGAAGACAAAUGUGUGGAGCUGCCAGCUCUCUAUGCGGAUCAGGAACCUUUGCAUGUUGUGGAGUAUGAAAUCCAUUUGCACAUGGGAGACUUGAAGAAGGCAGAUGCCACUGGAGAGGUUUAUCUUCGUAUACAAGGAGAAAAAAGUGACUCAGGGAAGCGAUGGCUUAACUCAAAAAACAGCCUGAUCACUUUUGCUAGAGGGCAAGUGGAUAUUUUCAAAAUCAAAUCUGUAAACUUUGGCAAGUUGAAUCAAGUUUGUGUUGGAUUUAAAAGUCUAAGAAAAGAUGGGUGGUUUUUGGAAAAAAUUCUUAUAAAAGAAGUCUUCUACCCUUUUUCUACACAUUUUUUUUUUCACGAUGGAUGGGUCAAUAAACGCUCCAAGGAAGAUUUUGUGGAAGUCGCAAUUCUGCUCAAAGAAACAUCUGUGGCAUCUCUUCCCGUGGAAAAUUUAGAUACAAAAAGUAGAGGAUGAUGGCAAGCAUGGGUGCACUGCACACAAGUACCAGAAGAUGUUCCUAACAUUCAAAUUGUUGCAUUUGGAAGAAAAGGGAAAUCCCCUGCACAGGAAGUUCAAAAUCUGAGUGAUGCUCCCUUUUUGUUGACCAUUGGUGAUAUUGGAGACAUAACAAAAGUCUCCUUUGUGUUAUGUGGUCCAUCCUUGAGAAGAGGAAUUAAACUUCACAAGCUUCAGCUGAAAGACCUGGACACUAAACAAGAGUUGGGCUUUCACACUGAAACCUCAUGUCUGUUUGGAGAAGAUGGAUCUGAGACCGUGGCAGAGCUUGCUGUGGUCAGGCCAGACCAGCCACCACUCAGGGAAGUCCUUAACUUCAUCAAUGUCCAUACAGGAACACUGCCUGCAUCAGGAACUCAUACAGAUGUAUUUAUCACAGUAUUUGGAGAGUGGGGAGAUUCCUGCAAAAGGAGACUAGGACACUCACAUUUUGAAAGAGGACAGGUUUGUAUCUCUGAAAUGAGAGCAGUAGACCUUGGACAGUUAAGCAAAGUGCUUGUUGAGCACCAUAAUGUGGGUUAUGGAGCAGCAUGGUACCUCGACCAAGAAGUCAUCUAUGAAUCAGGCAAGACUGAAGAACAAUAUCUGUUUCUUUGCCAGCAAUGGUUAGACAUUGGAGUUGGUGAUGCACAGAUGGAACGAACGUUGAAACUUCUUGGAAAAGUUAAUGGAGUCUUGACAGGAAAGAUUUAUGGGACUUGGGAUAUCCACGUCACAACUAGUGGCAUUUCUUCUAGUUCCACAAACCCUAAAAUGUCUCUAACUGUAUGUGGUGAAAAAGGAACUUGUACUUCAGUCACAUUCCCCAAAGGAUCCCUUAAAAAAGAGUAGAUUUACGAGACUUCUAUUGAACUAAGUAAGAAAUUUAAUACUAUAUUCAAAGUUCACCUAGAAAUUGAAGAAGCUGGAGAAGGAGAGACUUGGCAUUGCCAUGAGGUAAAGCUUCAACAUAGAGAAACUAAAAAUGUUCUAGAAUUCCCAUUUUGUCAUAACUUUGCCAAUGAAGAAGGAGGAAGAGUGACUGAGCAUCCAGUUCAUCCAGUUCUCACAGCUGGGUCUCCUUUUCCAGCAGUGAAAAUCUAUGUUGUCUACAUCAUCAAAGGAGCUAUACCUGGGUCAGGAACAGAUGCAGAUGUGUAUGUCAUGCUGCAAGGUUCCUUGGGAGAUACUGGCAGAAGAAAGUUAAUUAAAAAAGGAGAUGAAAAUUUCACUAAAGAAAAGGUGGAUAUUUUGCAAGUGGAGGCAGUAGAUAUUGGUAUUCUGCAAAGGAUGGUUGUUGAAAAAAGGAGAGGCUCUGACUGGCUUCUGGAAAAGAUUAUUGUGAAAGAGUCAACAUCUUCAGAGACAGAAACACUGUCUAUGGCUCAAACAUAGCUCAAAGACAGACGUGAUGGAAAAAGAUCUGCCUCAAUAACUCUGGAUGCCACAGAAGUUCAGGAGUGGAGGAGUACAUCUACCUGGCCUUUAGGAAGAGAGCAAAUGAGUUCAGAAGGCAGAUGGAGAAUUUAUUUCACAAAGCAUCAAAAAGAAACAAAAUCAGAAUUUGAAAAGUUGUCAGAAAAUAUAUCCGAGAUGGUUAUGGUUUUUUAUGGAAGCAACGGCAAGUCAAAUCCAGUUUCCAUGGAAAACAAAGUGGAACAUCAGACUGAGAACCAAAUAGCAUAUGAUAUACAUUUGCCAUCUGAUUUGGGAAUGUUUUAUAAAGUGAGGCUUGGUCUCCAGAGUUUGGAAAACAACAUAUCCCAGUUGUCUCUUCAUCACUUUAAAAUACUGAACACAUCAACCCUGGAUACCUUUAGUCUCACCAUAAAUAAAACACUUCCUCUUUCUCCUAAUGGAGACAGAUGGAUUGAAUUCCCUAUACAGUGGCCAUUAAAAGAAGCACUUUCUGUGGUUACAUAUCAUCUAACAGUAUUUUCAAGAAAUAUUUUGAAUGAGAGAAAUUUAGUGGAUAUGACUGCAUAUAUCUAUGGUACUCAUGGUGACACAGGAGACAGAUCCCUUCUCCAGUCAUUGCAGAAUGUACAGCAGGGAAAGAAAAACGAGUCAUUUCUAGUUAUGGUGGAUGCUGUUGACUUGGGAGAACUGGAAAAAAUUGUUCUUUUGAUCAGCAGUAAAACAGACUGCAAGCUGGACAUCAAAAAACUGCAUGUGCAAGAAGCUGUGAGGGAGUAUCCUAUCAAUAUAUUUGAAGUGAAUGAAGAAUUUUCUGUGAAUGCAAAGAAGCCCAAAAUACAGAGAGAAAUCCAUCCUUUUGUUACUCGAGGAAAGAAACAAAAGAAUGACAUGGAUAAAAACUUGAAUAAAGAAGGAAGUCAAGUAAAACAUUUGACAGAGUAUACUAUUAAAGCGUACACAGGUGAAAGGGGAGCAGGGACUGAUGCCAAUGUGCAUAUUAUUUUAUUUGGGAAUGAGGACAAAUCUGAGGUAUUUCAACUCUCUCAGUCACUGGAGCAUCAAAACCCCUUUGAAAGAGGAAAGGUUGAUACCUUCAAGAUUAAGACAAAAAAAUUAGGCAGCCUACGUUCAAUUGAAAUUGGCCACAAUGGGAAAGGAUUUGCAAGUGGCUGGUUUCUAGAAAAAGUGGAAAUCACAGAUGCAGCUAGGAAUUCAAUGCAUUGCUUCAACUGUAACAGGUGGCUUUCUGAAGAUGAAAAUGAUUGCCUCACCAUAGCACAGCUUUAUCCACAGCUGCUUGAUUUCUGA